CCGCUCCCGGCGUGCAGCGCUGCGGCCCAGGCGGCCGCCUCAGGCAGCCCCGCGGGGCCGGCCGGGCCCGAGCAGCGGGAGCAUGGCGCUGAAACGGAUCCAGAAGGAACUGACUGACUUACAGAGGGACCCUCCUGCCCAGUGCUCUGCAGGACCUGUAGGUGAUGACUUGUUCUACUGGCAGGCCACCAUCAUGGGCCCGAAUGACAGUCCUUACCAAGGAGGUGUUUUUUUCCUGACCAUCCACUUCCCUACAGAUUAUCCUUUCAAGCCCCCAAAGGUUGCUUUCACUACCAAAAUCUAUCACCCCAAUAUCAACAGCAAUGGCAGCAUCUGCCUGGACAUCCUGAGGUCACAGUGGUCCCCAGCAUUGACUGUGUCCAAAGUUCUCUUAUCCAUCUGCUCUCUGCUCUGCGACCCCAACCCUGAUGACCCUCUGGUGCCAGAAAUAGCCCACACCUACAAGGCCGACAGAGAGAAAUACAACAGACUAGCAAGAGAGUGGACACAGAAAUAUGCUAUGUAAGUGCCUCGAAGGCUCCACGGGAGACAGUGUCCAAGAGAAGCUUGCCAGGCAGAGUGGCCUUCCUGUGAAGCUCUGAGCUAUUGGCUAAGGCACUCCCAGAACAUCCUCCGAUCACACACGUGUCGGCCAUUUAUUCUCUGGCUGCAGCAUGCUGGUGGUGCCACUUUCAGCCACUGUGGCCUUGACAGUAUCACACCUUUGAUGCCAAAUCAGCGACCAUCGUUAUGAUCUGCAGUCUUCCUGUUACACUAGAAUUGGUCUGUGCCCCAGCUUUUCUGCUUGUCUCUGGGGAAUCAAGCCAUGCAUGCCUCCCCCAUUUGUCCUCAAAUGGUGCACUAGUCACUCUGGCACUAUACGGGGGCCCAGUCUGCUCCCUAACCACAUGCCCUUUGCCUUUAGAACACAGUGCAGUCGUGAGGGCCCAGGGCAGAGAGGGCUUUCCUCAUACUGUCUGCCACAGAACCAUGUCCUCAGGAGUCCGAGUGCAUCCUGGAGGCUCCUGGGAACUGGACCAGCGCCGUGCAAGUGCUUCUGCUCUCUUC